UUGACAUUCUAGAAACAGUUGAACAUCAUGGCCGCCGCUGCUGCUCGUGCCUUGAACGGAAUUGCUAAGUUCGCCGGUGUCGUCGGUGUGGGGGGGUUGUUCGCGCAAAACUGCCUUGUCGAUGUUGACGGUGGACACCGAGCCGUGAUCUUCGAUCGUCGAAAGGGUCUUCGUGAUGACAUCAAGGGCGAAGGCACGCACUUUAUCAUUCCUUACAUCGAAGACCCCCGCAUCUUGGACAUCCGCACCCAAGCGCACGAAAUUCCGUGUAGCACAGGUACCAAGGAUUUGCAAACGGUGAACCUCCGCUUGCGUAUCAUGGUUCGCCCGGACGAGCUAUUCCUGCCCAAGAUCUACAGUGAACUCGGCCCCAACUUUAACGAACGAGUGUUGCCGUCGAUCACGAACGAAAUCCUCAAGGGGGUGGUUGCCCAGUACAACGCUGACCAGCUCUUGACUUCGCGUGAAAAGGUGUCGGGCCAAAUCUCGGAAGAACUCGCCGAGCGCGCCAAGCAAUUCCACCUGUUGCUUGACGACGUGGCCAUCACCCACUUGACGUACGGCGCGGAAUUCACGAACGCCGUCGAGCAAAAGCAAGUGGCGUUCCAAGACGCGGAACGUUCCAAGUUCAUCGUGAUGAAGGCGGAACAGGAGCGACAAGCCGCGAUCAUCAAGGCCGAAGGUGAAUCCGAUGCCGCCAAGUUGAUUUCCGACGCCGUCGCCAAGAGCGGCAGCGGGUUCAUUGAAGUGCAGCGCAUUGACGCUGCCCGCGAGAUCGCCGAGCACUUGUCGAAGAGCCGCAACGUGUCGUACUUGCCCAGCGGCAACGGUGGCGGGAUCUUGCUUGGCUUGAACACUGACGCUUAAUCCCAAUGAAGUACUUGUUAGAUAUUGGUGAUUGUGCUUACUAGUUAGUAUAAAUGAGUUGAUAGACCAUUCCUCCCUACUUCGACUACACCAAUGUUGUUUCCACAGUGCGUCGUCUGCAAUGACCUCGACAAAAGGAUUAUGUGUCAUGUACUUUCACUUAUAUACGCUUGGACGGACUGGGUGUGUUCGUUCGAAGGUGGGGGUCUAUGCCGAUGACGACGGUUGCUGACCGGAGGCAGCUUGAGCUUGUUGGGCGUCGUAUGUUCGCUGUCGCUCCGCGGUCCGCGAGUACAUCACUGUGAAGCCUCGCCCCACAUCGUACAGACCAAAGGCAGUAGCACUGAGGAGCCCGGCGACGACGAGCUUGUGGGCGGCAUCGGCAACUUUGGAAGCGGCGGUCAUGACGAACGGCAGUGACGUCAAAUGUUAAUGUUUCGAUUCAAUUGGUU